AUGAGCACCAGGCGAGUGGUGGUGGACGCGCCUGCAGGGGCCAGCUCCAGUAUGCCUCUGCAGAGGCACAAGGCGCCCUUCAGGGCAGCUCCGUCACCGUCCUCCCUGGACGGCCUCCCAGCUUCCAGGACCAUUGCCGUGGGCGGUCUUGUCCGAACACCCAGGGUCUAUGUAGGGAUGACACCCACUGGGCCUACAGGUGGCCUAGGUGCCCGCGUGACCCGCAGGGCCCUGGGCAUCAGCAGCGUCUUCCUGCAGGGCCUGCGGAGCUCAGGCCUGGCCACGGCACCUGCUCCCAGCCUGGAGAGGGACCUUGGUGCCGUCGAGGACCUAGGGGGUUGCCUGGUGGAAUACAUGGCCAAGGUACAUGCCCUGGAGAAAGUCAGCCAGGAGCUGGAGGCACAGCUGCGCAUGCACCUGGAAAGCAAAGCCACGCGCUCAGAGAACUGGGGUGCCCUCCGGGCCUCAUGGGCCAGCAGCUGCCAGCAGGUGGGCGAGGCGGUCCUGGAAAACGCACGGCUCAUGCUCCAGACAGAGAAUAUCCAGGCGGGCGCGGACGACUUUAAGGAGAGGUACGAAAAUGAGCAGCCAUUUAGGAAGGCAGCAGAAGAGGAAAUUAACUCUCUGUAUAAAGUCAUUGAUGAAGCGAAUUCGUCAAAAAUGGAUCUGGAGAGUCAAAUAGAAAGCCUGAAAGAAGAACUCGGCUUUCUGUCCAGGAGCUAUGAAGAGGAUGUGAAAAUGCUGUACAAACAGCUGGCAGGGUCUGAGCUGGAACAACUGAAUGUUCCCAUUGGCACUGGGCUGGAUGACAUCCUUGAGACGAUCAGAAUUCACUGGGAAAGAGAUGUUGAAAAGAACCGGGUGCAGGCGGGAGCCUUGCUCCAAGCUAAGCAACAGGCGGAACUGGCUCGCAGGGCCCAGACCCAGGAAGAGAAGCUGGCUGCAGCCCUCAGGGUGGAGUUGCACAACACUUCCUGCCAAAUCCAGAGCCUGCAGGCUGAGACGGAGUCCUUACGAGCUCUGAAGCGAGGCCUGGAGAACACCCUGCACGACGCCAAGCACUGGCACGACAUCGAGCUGCAGAACCUGGGAGCGGUGGUCAGCAGGCUGGAGGCGGAGCUCAGGGAGAUGCGCGCGGAGGCGGAGCAGCAGCUGCAGGCCCGGGAGCACCUGCUGUCGCACAAAUGCCAGCUGCAGCGGGACGUGGCAUCCUACCACGCGCUGCUGGACCGCGAGGAGAGCAGCAUCCGGUACAAUUACACUCUGGCAGCAAUUCACUGA